AUGUAUCAUCCAUCACUAUGGCAUUCAAUUGAUAUGGCUGCUGCAUUUCGUUCAAUACGUCAAACAACAACAACAUCAUCAUCAUCAUCACCAAAUAUAAGUCCAGAAAAAAAUUCUGUAUCAGGUUUUAAUGCAUCUUUUUCUGUUAAUACACUUCUUAAUAAUCAAACAUCAUCGGAUCAAAUACGUUUACCAUCAAUACCACCAACAGUACAUCAACAUAAUCUAUUUUCAAGUCUUUUUCAUCAUUAUCCAUAUGCAACAGCAUUUCGUCCUUUAUUUAAUACAUCAUUAGAAUCAUCAACAUUUUUACCAAAUGGAAAACGAUUUAAAAGUGAUAUACAUGAUGAAAAUCAAUGUGAAAUAACAUCAAAUAAUAAUGAUGAAAGUUUUGGAGGAAAACAUACAGACAAUCGUUGUCGAUCAUCUACAAUUGAUUUACAAAAUCCACAAUGUCCUAUUUGUCAAAUAUCAUUAAAUGGACAAGAUUUAAUUACACAUGUUCAACAUGAACUUGAUAGUAUUAAACGUCGACAACAAUAUAAAACUAAACGUGAAAAUAAAAUUUUUCAAGAUAAUAAUAAUAAUAAUAUUGAUCAAACAUUUAAAACACGAUAUGAAACUUUUUUACGAGUACGAACAAGUCGACAACAACGUUUAAAUGCUAGAUUACAAUUACAUCAUCGUCGAUCAAUUCGUAAUGAUACACGAAAUUGUCCAAUAUGUUAUCAAUCAAUUCGAAUUAAUUCUGAUGAUGAAUAUUUUUUUACUCAUGUUCAACAAUGUUCAAGAAAAAGAGAACAAUUAGCAGCUGUAAAUGCAAUAGCUAAUCAUCGUUUAUUAUCAUCUGAAGAUCCCGAUGUUAAUGUUGUUGAUAUUGAUGAUGAUGAUGAAAUUGAACGAGAAGAAAAAAGUACAAGUGGAACAACAACUAGUCUUAGUUGUCAAGAAUCAUUUAACAGUGAUCAACAAUAUUCUCCAUCAACACAAACAGAUAUAUUAUAUACAAAAUCUGAACUUGAUCCACCAAAAUGUGUUGUUUGUAUGGAAUCAUGUAUUAAACCAUGUGUUUCAAUUAAUUGUUGGCAUAUUAAUUGUGAAGAAUGUUGGAUAAAAUAUUUCAAAGAAAAAAAAGUUUGUCCACAAUGUUAUCUACCAACAACAUUGGAUAAUAUACGAAGAAUUUUUUUCAAUAAAAUAUCGAAAUAA